AUGCAUCAUAUCUUUUCACCUCCGCUAAAACUUUGCAUGCUACGUACGAUUCGUUGUCGAAUACAACCGAAUAUAGGACAUAACAAUCAUAGUUCUAUACCAUUAUCGAUGGCAAUAUUCAAAGAUCCAUAUGUUGCUUGUUCUUUAAAUGAAUCUCUAUAUAAUGUUGAAACAUUACGAUAUAGAUGCAUGUCACCAAUCAUUCAUAAGAAAAAAUAUCCCAGUUUGAUUGCAAUUGAUAUCGGUAAUAAUGAACCACUACAAGAACCAACAAUAUCUCGGCAUGCUCAUCAGUCGACAAACUUUGCUUUUCCUAUAAAUCAAUUAAAAUUGAACAACAAGAGUUGUUCGAGUCGGCAUUCACUAGACAAAUUAAAUAGUAGCUACAGCUGUGCGUCAAUCUCUUCACGUUGUGAUCAUCAUUAUCAUUAUCGUAGAAAUAGAAUUUCUCGGUGUUUAUCUUUAUUUGCUUCAUCUAUUCUAAAACGAAAAGAUGAUUCGAUCGUAUUUUCUCAGAGAUCUCUACAUAGCACUAAUCACUGGAAUGAUUUGAUUUCAAAUCAGCGAUUGUUAUCUAAAUAUUCACCCCGAAAUAUUAAUUCUAUCGCAAAUGAAUCACCAUCAUCAAAUGAUACAACAAUCAAUAUAUCAAAGUCGAAUAGUGAUAUUCUUACGCCAACUAAUAAAAAUAUUGAUAAAACAUGGCGACUUCAAAUACAAGAUCAUUUAAAUAAAGAUGGUAGUCGACAUUCUGUUAUUCAUAAAGGUAGUGAAAGCUCAGUAAGUGAACGUCGCAAGAAAAAACAUGCUAAACGAUCUGAAGAGAAGAAACGCAAAAUUGAAGAAAAAAUAUACAAAGCAAAUCAACGUUGGCAAAAGUAUUCAACUAUUGAUUAUGAGCUUGUCCUUUUCAUUUCACGAUAUUAUGAUCAGUUACCGUUAUGCUCGAAUUGUCGUAAUUAUUUUAUAACAAACCAAACACAAUUUUUAGCUGAUGAUCCUCGUGCAUCGUAUGACUAUGCAGCUGAAGCUGUUUUACUUUCAUCGAGUAAUAAAACAUUAACCAUGAAAAAAGCAGCUAAAGCAAGAUUAAUUAAAGAUUAUGAUAAACAAACAAAUAUGAUAUUUAACCUGUGUGAUGCUUGUUUAGCCAAAUGUGAGCAAAUUCGAAAUGAACUUAAACAAAUUAAUUCUACUAAAAAAGUAUCAAAUGAAAUGAAUUCUCCAUAUUCUGAAAUCAUGAACAUAACGAAAUCUUAUUUACAACAACCCAUCGAUAGUCCUUAUUCACCAAACAUCUCGAAUGUUAACAAUCAUUUAUUCUCCCCUUCUACUUCUCCAUUGAUGUCACCUUCCACUUCGAGCACUGAUUUAAAUCAUCAACAACAAGUAACUUCUAUUUCAUCUGAGAAUAGAAUCACUGAUCUUAAUGAAAUUUAUAUGAAUAAUAUUAUUCAAUAUCAUCAAAUAAACUUACGACAACUUUAUCAACAAAGUCAAAAUAUUAUCAGUGCUCAACAGUAUCAGGAAGAUCGUUCAUUAGCAAUGGACCAACAAAAAUUACAUCAUGAACUUCAAUCAUGUAUAAGGCAAAUGCAGUAUCAUUAUCUAGAAAUAUUACAUCUUCAAUAUCCUGGCUAUUCACUUUCAUUUCCAUAUGCACCAUCUUACCAUUCAAAAUAUUUGUCAUAUCGAUUUCAACAAGGCAAGGAUCGAGAUGAUUCUGUUCUUGAAAGUUCUUCAUCUACAAAUUGUCAACAAUAUGACUAUCGAAGCAACGUAAAUAUUGAAGUGGAUAGUAACACAACUAGUAAAAGUAGUGGCAUGAAUGUUGACAAUUAUGACGCAGACAAAAAUGAUCGAAAUGAACCAAUGCUUGACGAUCGACUUACAAUAGAAACAUGUCAUGGACUUGUAGAAUAUUAUAAUGCACCACUGGAUGAUUUCAUUCGAGGACUUGAAGUUUUGAAGUGUCUGAGCAUUUUUAAUCGUUGUCCAUUCUAG